AUGGCUCUCAUUGAUAUCAAUGUCUCUAUGGCUCAGUUGGAAAUUGAUGGGCAAAGUCGAGUCCAAGGAGUUAAAGGCAAUCAUCUAUUUAUUCAACACUCGAAAAAGAGUUGGUUAUUAGUUGGAGCGCCGUUAGCUCAUACAGAUCAACCUGGCGUUGAAAGAGGUGGUGCUGUCUAUAAGUGCAAUGUCGACAGUUCCGACUCCUGUCAACAAAUUGCUUUCGAUAGAUCAGGUUCGGCUCAAAUACUACUAAAUAAUGCCAACAAACAGGCCGACGAUAAAUCACACCAAUGGUUUGGUGCGACCGUCCAUAGCGGCGGUGAAAACGGAAUGAUUGUUGCAUGUGCGCCCCGUUAUGUCUAUUAUUCAACAUCACUCAAGAGAAGGGACCCGGUGGGCACCUGUUGGAUAUCCAGGGGUUCAUUUCAGGGAUUUUUUGAAUACUCUCCCUGUCGGACACCUUAUGCCUGGGGCUAUCAUCGACAGGGCUCGUGUCAGGCAGGCUUCUCAGCCAGCGUCUCAAAGGAUGGAAAGCGUCUAUAUAUAGGAGGACCGGGUAGUUGGUACUGGCAGGGACAGGCAUUUUCACAGGACUUACAGGACAAUCAAACUCUUUACAGUACUAAAGAUAGUCCGGCUUAUGAUGACGACAGCUAUUUAGGUUAUUCAACAACUAUUGGAGAGUUUACGGGUGACAGUGAUUAUGAUUUAGCAAUAGGAAUGCCUAAAGGAAGUAAUUUAACGGGAAAGGUUAUUCUCUAUACAUCGAGUCUGAAGAAUAUUUAUAACAUUACUGGCGACCAAAUGGGAGCUUACUUUGGCUACAGUCUAACUGCUGCUGAUCUUAAUGGGGACGGUUAUGAUGAUGUUGUGAUCGGUGCUCCACUAUAUUCAUCGCCCAAUGUUAAGGACCUAAGCUAUGAAAAGGGAAGAAUUUAUAUCGCAUACCAAAACCGUGAGCAUCGAUUUAUAAUCAAAGAAGACGAUCAUAUCGAUGGCAUCAAAUCUAAGGCCAGAUUCGGUAUGUCAUUGGCCUCGUUAUCUGACAUUAAUAAAGAUGGAUACGAUGACAUUGCUGUGGGUGCACCAUAUGAUGGUGAAAAGGGUACCGGUGCUGUCUAUAUUUAUUUGGGUUCGCGAAAAGGUUUACAACCAAAGUACUCGCAAGUGAUAUACGCCGACUCUAUCUACGAACCGGGACUCAAGACUUUCGGGUUUUCAUUAGCCGGUGGUUUGGAUUUAGAUAACAAUCAAUAUCCGGAUCUACUGGUYGGCGCCUAUGCCUCCGAUAGAGCCAUAUUCCUCAAAUCCAGACCUGUCGUCAAUGUGACCGCUAGUUUGAGUUUAGCCAAAGACAGUAUCAGUUUAGAUGAUAGAGACUGUAUUCUUCCAUCUGAUAACUCACGMGUUGCCUGUCUUAGCAUCAAAUUGUGCCUUAAAUAUGAUGGCCUCGGAGUUGACAAUCAAUUAGAUUUUACUUAUGAGACUAAACUGGAUGCCGCCUCCCGUCGAGCGCCCAGAAUAUUCUUCCUCCACAAAGAAAGAGAAAGUGAAGAGAGGAUUACUGUACAGCUUAGCAAAGGCUCCAACUAUUGCACCAGUCGUCAGGCAUACCUAGCGAGUAAUCUGAGGGAUAAACUGACACCAAUUAAAGUGAACGUUGAGUACAGUCUUCAUCAAAUGCCAAUGGAGAGGACACUAAAGCCAGUCCUCAAUCAGGCCAUUAGCAGUGUAUUGACCCGUCAGAUAAACAUCAGAAAAAAUUGUGGAAAAGACAACGUCUGUGUCCCUAAUUUGAUCCUUAAUGUCAAACCAUCAUCGGAUGAAUACAUAGUUGGCAGCAGAAAGAAGAUAGAGUUGCAAAUAAGUGUCGUUAAUAAAGGAGAGGACGCCUUUGAGUCGAUGCUCUACUUAUUUAUGCCAACGGAUGUUAAUUAUGUCAAUAUAAACAAAACUAAAAACAGCGAUGUUAGCUGUUAUGGAGCCCAACCCGAUAGGACAGGUAUUAACAAUCUUGAGUGUGACAUUGGAAAUCCAUUGCCAGCCGGAAGGAAAAUUGAAUUUACUAUAAUUAUGGAGCCAUCAAAACAAAUAUCUGCCACUUCUCCUGAUUAUACAUUUAUUGUUGAAGUGAACAGUACUAAUAGUGAAAAAGAUAUCGACACCGAUGACAAUAAUAUUGCCGUUGGGAUACCGUUACGCGUUGAAGUCAAUCUAACAAUUUAUGGAAUCUCAGAUCCUGAUGUCUUAUCAUUUAAUGUUUCAACCGAAACGUUUGUAUCACCAAAACAAGUGCUCGAAGAUAUUGGCCGUGAAAUUAGCCAUUCAUAUACAAUACAAAACAGAGGGCCGUCUACUAUCAAGAAGGCCGACAUUACAAUUCUGUGGCCGACUAGAGAUCUUAAAGGAAAUUAUUUACUUUAUUUGGUCGAUCAGCCUAUAGUUAGGAGUAAACCGGGAAAAGGAUUUUGCAAAAGCAUUACACUCGACGACUUAAAUCCAUUGGGACUUAGAUCCCGAAAAGUACCGGAAGGACGACUUCCAUUUGAUUCACUGCCCAGUGUUCAGAACCCGAACACUCGAUACUUAACCCAACCAAACAACGACAAUAGCAGGGAUUUAAUCAGCUCAAGACAUAUACGAGACACACAAACAUCAAACAGACCAGCAAUAUAUGGGUCCAAAAAACAUCGGACGGAUCCACAAACCAUAGAACAGGCAAAAUCGUGUGGAGCCGUUAACUGCACGMGAAUAAUAUGUACUGUUUAUGAAUUGGAUACCAAUGACACCGUCCUAUUCACCAUACGUUCCCGUUUUUGGAAAGACAACAUACAAUUCAUUAAUUUGGAGGAUUUCCAGAUUUCAUCGAAAUUAGUCGCUUUAGUCACAGCACUGCCUUAUGAUGUCGAUCCCAUAUUACUGGAGCCAUACGUACAGACAGUCACCACAAAGAUCUACGUGACGGGACUUGACAGGACUGAACCCAUUCCACUAUGGAUUAUYAUAUUAGCCAUUGUUGUAGGCCUUAUAAUAUUGGGAGGUCUGGCACUAGCCUUAUGGAAGUUAGGCUUCUUUAAGCGUAAACGACCGCCAAGUGAUUUGGCUGAUAGGGAACCGUUACAAUCGAGGAAUGGCUAUCAUUAUCGCAAAGGCGACACUUCGUUAUGA